UGCGUCGCACGGAUUGGCCGCGAGGGGGGCUCGCGGAAGUCAAGAUUCGUUCGCCAAUAGUCCCGGACCCUCGGCUCGCACGGGACACGUAGAUGUCCCGAAUAGGCGGACCCGCGCGACCGUUUGCCGCUGUCACCGACGUGUAACCUCGCCGCCGGAGUAUCCUGUCCUGUACGUCGUCCUGUGCGGAGCGUGCGAGCGCCAUUCGGGAUGGCAGACACCGCAAGCAGUGGUUCCAGCGACUCGUCGCCGCAGGUCGAGAAGGGAUGGCCCGCCUUGAAGCAGCACAUUAUAGACAAUAAGAUCAAAUUCGGACUGUGGGUCACCAGGCUCUUCACCCUAAUAUUCACCGUUGGUUACAUCAUACCUAUAUUCGGGAAUCCGUACAAUAUAUACUAUAAGGUAUUAAUGAAUAACGCGGCGACCAGUGCGUUACGUCUGCACCAACGAGUGCCCCGUGUUCAGAUCUCGAGACAGUUCUUCGAGACGCUGCUGUUGGAAGACUCGUGCCACUAUCUAUUCUACUCCUUGAUAUUUUUGUACGCGGCGCCAGUCACAUUGGUGCUAACGCCAGUUUUUCUCUUCGCUCUGAUGCACCUGGCCAGCUACUCACUUACAUUGCUAGACUGUCUAGGACACAACAGCUGGUGGGGCGCUCGUCUGUUAAUAUCUCUGGUGGAAUUCCAAUCGCGGAAUAUCCUUCGCCUGUGCGCUCUGUCGGAAAUCAUCAUCUUGCCGUUCACCGUUCUUCUAGUGUUCACAGGACGCGCCGGCUUGCUGACACCCUUUAUCUAUUACCAGUUCUUGAAGCUGCGUCUUGCGUCGCAGAGAAAUCCGUUCACGCGCAACGUAUUUUACGAGCUUAGAAACGGACUGAGCUCGGUGUCGAAAAAGCCGGCCGUGCCGGACAUCGUUCGGAGAAUGAUCGACGGUCUGCUUUCUCUGACCCAACAAAUGGCGCCGGUGCGCCAAUAAUAUCUACGAUACCGAAUUCUUCAAUUCUUUCUUGUAUUGUCUCUCGAAGACAAGAUCUCCUAGGGUUCUAGGGUCCACUCAGCGACACUUUCAUGAAUUAGUGUUAGCGCAAAAUGAGUGCCGACAUAAAAAUUCAUAGUGAAUGUCAUGCGAAUUAUAUGAUUUGGUAUAUCUGUGAAAACAAUCAAAGCAUAUAUGAACGGUUCUUUACAUUAGUAAUUACGUUCGUUUCCGACUGAACGUUGAAUAAGAAUGCGAGGGUUCGUACUAAUCAUUAUCAUAUAAAAUUUAGUUUGCAAAGUUACAAUUCGACUAAUAUUGUCUAAAUCCUGUUUUACGUAUUAAAUUUCGCAUUUUUAUUAAGAACUACAAGGAUAACGGUGCACAUAUACUAACUUUAUGAUUUUACAUAUAAUUUUGAGCCAUGAAUUUGUAACGAGUAGAUAAUGAUGCAUAAUGGAGUACACUGGUUAAUGGAGUUUAAUGUUGAUUACACGUCAACUCUGGUUGUUUGAUUUCGCACGGUUUUGCGGUAUUAGGGAAUGUGUGUAAUAUCUAGCAUGUAAGUUACAAAAUUGUAUUUCCGAAUUACACGAAAUGGUUGAUCCGCCAUUUGUUUGGGAUAAGCUUUGGAAUAAGUUUAAUUUAAUACCCGUCACGUUGCUCUAUCAAUUGUUAGCCUAGCAUAAUUUCGUCUAUCUUCUACUUGAUACUUGGAUAUUUAUGAUGUUUGAAAUUAAUUCAGAAUGGUUUUAUAAACGAAAAUAGUUAUCGGUAUACUGUAGCAAAUUAUCUUAAAACAUUAAUAAAUCUUUUUAAAUAAAA